UAUAAUAUCUAAACUCAAAGCCACAUAUUAAAUUAGCUAUCGUCCAAUUAACCUUCAAUUCAAUGGCUAAUUCCAUCAAACUUUUCUCAAUUAUCUUCUCAUUUUUCUUCCUCCAGCAACUAGUUUUCUCUAAUGGCCAAAAUGUUAUCAAGGGAGGAUACUGGUUCAGGGACAGUGGAUUAGCUUUAAACAACAUUGAUUCAACUCUUUUCACUCAUUUAUUUUGUGCAUUUGCUGAUCUUAAUCCUCAAUCAAAUCAGUUAAUCAUUAAGCCGGAAGAUGAAGAAUCAUUCAGGCAAUUUACAAGUACAGUUCAAAGGAAAAAUCCUUCAGUAAAGACUUUAUUGUCUAUAGCUGGAGGAAGUGCCAAUAAAACAGCAUAUGGAGUUAUGGCUAGAACACCAAAUUCAAGAAAAAGUUUUAUUGAUUCAUCAAUAAGAUUAGCUAGGCAAUUGGGAUUUCAUGGCCUUGAUCUUGAUUGGGAAUACCCAGAAUCAGCUACAGACAUGGCAAACUUUGGUAUCCUUUUGAAUGAGUGGCGCACUACCAUCAAUACAGAGGCGAAAAAUUCAGGUAGGCCGAUGCUGCUUCUCACCGCGGCGGUUUCCUACUUGCCACGAGUCGACGAUCUGGACUACCCAGUUCAAUCAGUGGCAAGAAACUUUGACUGGAUCAACCUAAUGGCAUAUGACUUCUAUGCACCAAAUCGGUCACCAUCACAAACCAAUUCACAUGCACAAUUAUUUGACCCCGUAAACCAUGUUAGUGGAAGUGAUGGAAUUACUGCAUGGAUUCAAGCUGGCGUUCCAACCCGAAAAUUGGUUCUUGGAAUUCCAUUUUAUGGCUAUGCGUGGCAAUUGGUUAACGCGAAUAUUCAUGACCUUAAGGCGCCUACUUCAGGAAAAUCAAGUGUUAGUCCGAACAAUGAUGGGACGAUGACUUAUAGCCAAAUUCGAAAUUAUAUAAGGCAAAGUAGCGCCACGACUGUGUAUAAUGCAACCAUUGUUGGAGAUUAUUGUUACUCUGAAAAUACUUGGAUUAGUUAUGAUGAUACUCGAACGGUUAGACAGAAGGUUACUUAUGUUAAAGGUAGAGGAUUGCUUGGUUACUUUGCAUGGCACAUUGCACAAGAUCAAAAUUGGAUACUUUCUCGUACAGCUUCACAAACAUGGGGAGCCUCAUCUUAAGCUAUGAAAUGAUGGAAUACGUAAUUUUCUUUAUCGAGUAUACUACUAAUAAAUAAUAUGGUGACAUAUGUGGACCACGAUAUAAAAUAAAUAAAUUCGUAUUCUCAAUUUCAUUUACGUACCA